UCUUAGGGAGUGAGGGAAUGCACUGUUGGUACUUCAGCAGAGCACUGCUCUUGCAUCCUAUGUCCAAACAAGAGCUGUGCUCUACAUUUUAAAAAGUUUGAGCAAAUAAACUGACAAGUAUCUAACACUACAAGAUGGGAAGCAGCAUUAGUUCAGAAAGCAAAGAGUCUGCCAAGAGAUCAAAAGAAUUGGAGAAAAAGCUUCAGGAAGAUGCUGAGCGAGAUGCAAGAACUGUCAAGUUGCUGUUAUUAGGAGCAGGAGAAUCUGGAAAAAGUACCAUUGUGAAACAAAUGAAGAUCAUCCAUAAGAACGGUUACAGUGAGCAAGAAUGCAUGGAGUUCAAAGCAGUAAUUUACAGUAAUACGUUGCAAUCCAUCUUAGCUAUUGUGAAAGCCAUGGCUACCCUUGGGAUUGAUUAUGCAAAUCCCAGAAGUGCAGAAGACCAACGCCAACUUCAUGUGAUGGCAAAUACCCUGGAAGAUGGCAGAUUGACACCUGAAUUGGCUGAGGUAAUAAAACGACUGUGGAGAGAUCCAGGAAUUCAGGCCUGCUUUGAAAGGGCAUCUGAAUAUCAACUCAACGACUCAGCAGCUUACUACCUAAAUGAUUUGGACAGAAUAGCAGCUCCUGGAUAUGUCCCAAAUGAGCAAGAUGUUCUACAUUCUCGAGUAAAAACAACUGGAAUCAUUGAAACUCAGUUCUCAUUUAAAGACUUGCAUUUCAGAAUGUUCGAUGUAGGUGGGCAGAGAUCUGAGAGAAAGAAAUGGAUUCACUGCUUUGAAGGCGUUACAUGCAUUAUAUUUUGUGCCGCACUCAGUGCUUAUGACAUGGUCCUGGUGGAAGAUGAAGAAGUGAACAGAAUGCAUGAAAGCCUUCACCUGUUCAAUAGUAUCUGCAAUCACAAGUACUUUGCAACCACCUCCAUUGUCCUGUUUCUCAAUAAAAAAGAUCUCUUUCAAGAAAAAGUAACCAAAGUGCAUCUUAGUAUCUGCUUUCCGGAAUACACUGGUCCAAAUACAUUUGAAGAUGCAGGAAACUACAUCAAGAACCAGUUUCUAGACCUGAAUUUAAAAAAAGAAGAUAAGGAAAUUUAUUCCCACAUGACCUGUGCUACAGAUACUCAGAAUGUCAAGUUCGUGUUUGAUGCAGUUACAGAUAUAAUAAUCAAAGAGAAUCUAAAAGACUGUGGGCUUUUCUAAUCAAUCCUUUCUAAUUCUACUCUUGC